CAUAUAUUUACCAGGUAAAUACCUAGUAAUUAGGGGACUGUAAAAGGAAGGGUUACCAGACACGGUAGUUCAGGCUUCUGUUCCUUUUUCUGCAAAUCAUGGUGUGAAGAGGAAGGAAGUCUUUCAAUAUUGUUGGUGUCUGUUCAGCUAACUGCAUGAUGAACUGGGACCACAGACUAGAUGUCAGACCAGCUUUCUGCGCUACAGAGUGUUCAAAUACCUCCCAGAACAACAGAGUGAGAGAGGAGAGGCCUCACUAUGGAUUUAAGAUCAGCAGCAAGAGGAUUUCUAGCAUUUCUCCUGUCAGUACCAGCGCUUCAGGGAAAUGGUGACUGGACAGUUACUUACUCGUCUAGUAAUGUCUGUGCUUUAAGAGGAGCAAUGGUUGACAUCAACUGCACUUAUGAAUACCCUGACAACGUGCAGUACCGCCCUACCACAGUCACAACACUGUGGUUUACUAAAGAAGACAACCAUCAGCCAGUUGAUUUGCUAAGUGAUGCAGACUAUACAGGUCGUGUUGAAUCCAGCUGUGGAGAGGUCAGCUGUACUGGGUCCAGAUGUCAUGGAGCAUGUCCCCUGAGAAUCAGAGACCUGAGACAGAGUGACUCUGCUGUCUACAAGUUUAGGUUCACAACAAACCAACCAGGUGGGAAAUAUACUGGUGACCCUGGAGUGAUGUUAUCUCUUACAGACCUCCAGGUGAAGGUGUCCUUUCCUUAUCCAACCAAACCUACCAGGGCAGAGCUGGAGUGUCACAGUAUGUGUGGUCUAGCUGGUGACCCUCCCUACAUCUGGUCCAGGAAUGGACAGAAUGUACGUCAGGGAGUGAAGUACUGGGCCUACAUUCAGUCUGGAGACAGCUUCUCAUGUGCUGUUAAAGGAUACGAAGUUCUCCGCUCUCCUUUAGUGUAUGCUCCAAAGAACUCCUCGGUGACCGUGAGUCCCUCUGGUGUAAUAAAGGAGGGCAGUUCAGUGACCCUGAGCUGCAGCAGUGAUGCCAACCCAGCAGCUGAAUAUACCUGGUUCAAGAACAACCAACCUCUGCACUGGGGUCCAAGUCAACCUCAUACCUUCCCCUCAGUCCGCCCUGAAGACAGAGGAACGUACCGCUGUCAAGCACAGAACCAAUAUGGACAGCUGAGCUCUAACUCGAUAUUCAUGGAUGUCCAGUACGCUCCAAAGACCCCCUCAGUGACCGUGAGACCCUCUGGUGAAAUAGAGGAGGGCAGUUCAGUGACUCUGAGCUGCAGCAGUGAUGCCAACCCAGUAGCUACCUACACUUGGUUCAGGGAUACUACUGAUCGUUACUCUAGCCACAUGAACCAGGGACCACAGCUCAUCAUUAGCUACAUCUGGUCUUCAGACUCUGGACAAUAUCGCUGUGACGCUACGAAUAAGCUGGGGAAAAAAUCAGUCACCAAGUCUAUUGAUGUUAAAUACGCUCCAAAGACCCCCUCAGUGGCCGUGAGUCCCUCUGGUGAAGUAGAGGAGGGCAGUUCAGUGACUCUGAGCUGCAGCAGUGAUGCCAACCCAGCAGCUGAGUACACCUGGUUCAAGGACAACCAACCUCUCCUCUGGGGACCAAGUCAACCUCAUUCCUUCCCCUCAGUCAGCCCUGAAGACAGAGGAACGUACCGCUGUCACGCAAGGAACCAAUAUGGACAACUGAGCUCUAACUCGAUGUUCUUAAAUGUUACAUAUGAUCCAAAGACCCCCUCGGUGACCGUGAGUCCCUCUGGUGAAAUAGAGGAGGGCAGUUCAGUGGCUCUGAGCUGCAGCAGUGAUGCCAACCCAGCAGCUACCUACACCUGGUUCAGGGAACAUGAAGACUCAGUGAAAGCAUCAGGACAGAACUACACCAUCACUAAUAUCACAUCUGAGCUUGGAGGAAACUAUUACUGCCAAGCACAUAAUGCAGUCGGACUUCAUAAUUCCACCUUUCUGUUAAUUAAAGUUUGUAUUCAGUGUUUGAAAACGACUGAUGUUGCACUGACGACAUCAUCAUCAUGGACAACAACAGUAGCUGUGAGAGGCAUUGUUGUCUUACUGGCCACCGUACUCCUCCUCGUCCUCCUCUGGAUGAGAAGAAAGAGGGCCUCGAGUAAAGCAUGUGGACAGGGAGGAAGGCCAGAUACCGUGGAGGAGCUCCUUCCUGUUCCUGUGUAUGAAAAUGUCCCAGCUCUGACCAAUCGCUUGGCUCCUGCAGCACAGAGAGAAUCAAUAGAAGAUCAGGAUGGCCAUCACUGUGCCAUCAUCCACACCUCUCUCUCAGAGAACCAGGACCAGGACCAGAUGGAGAUGGGAGGAACCUCAGAGUUGUAAGCACUGUCAAAUCAACACCCCAGAGUGUGAACCAGCAGCGGCAGCAGGAUUUAAAUAGUGUUACUGAGUAUAGUGUCUGAUUCAUCCAGUUGAAACAGGACAAUAGGAUGGCUGAUUGUUUGUUGAACAUCCUAAGAAUGUUUUCUACUGUUUUCUACUUCUCUAUCAUAAAUAUGGGCUCUUUGCAUUUUAUUAAUGGUAAUAUUUGAGUAUGGUGAUCCUGUGAUGUCAUUACCAUUACUGUGCUAUAUUAAUCAAUUGUAUAUAUAUUACGUGAUCAAUCAACGUGAAAAUGAAAGUAUCCAAUCUCAUUGGACCUUUGACCUUACGUAAUGCUUACAUUAACAAAAAAAUGUUUUUCAUCCCUCAUUCUGAUAUUUUUUGAUUUCAACGUUUCUUUAA